UGGAAAGUGUCCAGAGGAGGGCAACUAAAAUGAUGAAGGGUCUGGAGAACAAGCCCUAUGAGGAGCGGCUUAAAGAGCUGGGCAUGUUUAGCCUGCAGAAGAGAAGGCUGAGAGGAGACAUGAUGAGAGCCAUGUACAAAUACGUGAAGGGAAGUCCUAGGGAAGAGGGAGCAAGAUUGUUUUCUGCUGCCCUGCAGACUAGGACGCAAGGGAACAAUGGCUUCAAACUACAGGAAAGGAAGGAGAUUCCACCUGAACAUCAGGAAGAACUUCCUCACUGUGAGAAGGGCUGUUCACCAGUGGAACUCUCUGCCCCGGGCUGUGGUGGAGGCUCCUUCCUUGGAGGCUUUUAAGCAGAGGCUGGAUGGCCAUCUGCCGGGGGUGCUUUGAAUGCGAUUUCCUGCUUCUUGGCAGAAUGGGGUUGGACUAGAUGGCCCAUGAGGUCUCUUCCAACUCUACUAUUCUAUGAUUCUAUGAUUCUAAUUUUCACUUCCAAGAAUUUGCAACAUUUUAUCAGUUACCUCGUGUUUACAAUAUUUAUAUAGUGCACUUUAUCCAGUCUAUUUUUACAACCUCUCUGUUUUAAUCCAUGUUUUUAUUAAGUUUUUGUCAUUUACUUUAUUGGUUAAUGUUUAAAUUUUUAAUUGUGCAUGUUUCUUGUCUAUAUUGUCGGGUUUCAUAUUGUUUUUAUUCGGGCUUGGCCCCAUGUAAGCCGCCCUGAGUCCCUUUGGGGAGAUAGAGGCAGGGUAUAAAAAUAAAGAAGUUGUUGUUUGUUGUUAUUAUUAUUAUUAUUUCUCCAUGAACCUUAUAUUGUCUGUCUUGAGGCAUAAGUUCCAAUGAAUCAUUUGGGCCACAUAGUUGUGCCUCUGUUUGUAGUCUGUCUGUGCGAUUUUCUUACAGCAGCUGAGGAUAUGAUCAAUGGUUUCGUCGGUUUCCUUGCAGAGUCUGCAUUUUGGGUCAUCAGCUGAUUUUUCGAUCUUGGCCGGAAUUGCCUUUGUUAUGAUGGCUUGCUCCUGGGCUGCAAGGAUCAGGCCUUCUGAUUAUUAUUAUUAUUAUUAUUAUUAUUAUUAUUAUUAUUAUUCUGUCCUUCAGCACGUUCCAUGUUUUGCUUUUCCUGACCUACAGAAUAGUCUUACGAGAGAUCUGGCUUCUGUGGUUUCAUGCUGACAGAAUCCCACAAGACAGAACAUCGACACCAUCACAAUGCAAGAGAAGCAGUGUUCUGGUCUUGGCCGGCCUGCACUAUGGGCAGGAUGGACAACCGUCGCCGGAGCUCCGUGGUGAAACCUCAGCAGAUGAUUUCUCUAAAAAGCCGAGCAGUCAGGCAUUAACUCUCCCUUGGGCCAGAUCGAAAACAAGAGACUUCGUGGAGAGAUUCUCCAAUGGAUAUAUACCAGCAGGCGGCACGAGGGAACACGGGCGACCAGGAGCCGGUGGAGAUCAACUGCAAGGACAUCACUUGUAUCCAGGAUGACUGGGACGUGGAAGAGUUUGUCUCGAAGACAUGCAUGGGGAUGUUCCUCCACCACAAGGCCUUCAAGCUCUUACUGGCCACCUUCAUCAUUUUUAAUGCCGUUCUCAUUUCCAUGCGGACAGAUCCCACUUUGGAAGAGAAAUACUUUGAGUUCUUCUCUGCCAUUGAUACCGUUGUCCUAUCUUUACUCCUCUGCGAAGUCUUCCUCAGCUGGUACUACGGAUUCUUGUUGUAUUGGAAGGAUGGUUGGAACAUCCUCAACUUUUUCAUCGUGGUCUCGCUCUUCAUUGGCUUCCUCAUCCCUACACUCAACGACAAGACCUUUUUCCACAUGCUCAGAGUCAUGCGGCUGAUGCAGGUGUGUACCUUGGUGGGCGGCCUGGCCAGGAUGAUUCAGGUGAUCCUGCAGUCGGGUCCCGACAUGCUGCACAUCAUGAUCCUGCUUUUUGCCAUCAUGCUGGUCUUCUCUGUGUUUGGUGUCACGCUCUUUGGAAGCCUUGUCCCAAAACAUUUUGGGAACCUGGGGACUGCGCUGUACACACUCUUCAUCUGCAUCACUCAGGACGGGUGGAUUAACAUAUACGAUGACUUUGAACAAGAAGGCCUUGCCCUGGAGAUCGGAGGGGCCCUCUACUUCUUUAUCUUCAUCACGUUUGGGGCCUUCAUCUUUGCCAACCUCCUCGUGGCCGUGGUGACCACCAACCUGGAGCAGUCCAUGGCUGAAUACAACGUGGAGAGGCAGAUGCAAUCCCAGUCCCCGCUUGAGGUGGCCAACGUGGGACUGGAUGACGACGCGGAUGAUGAUGCCUUCAUACCCCAGGCUGAACCUGUGCAUGUGAAAGAGGUCAUGCUCGGAACACCCAUGGUCCACCGGCAGGAGCUGUUGUGCGGUGGGAACUUAGGCAACCUGACUGACGCCACAUGUGAGGAGCUCUGCGUGGUCCUGGAAGCCAUCCACGAGAAUCUCAAGGAAUACCGGGUCAUCCGGGAUGAGCUGGACCAAAUAGUUCAGGAGGUGAGGUCUAUCCGAUUCAACAUAGAACAGGAGCAAGAGAUUGUUUUACGAAAUAUCCGUGGGGCCAACAUCUCGGAAACGAUGCUCGGCACUGACAUCAUGCAAGGGAAGCCGGGCGAUGUUUUUGCUACGUUGAUGAACCUGGAGAAGUCCAGUAUCAUGGAUACAGACUACCAAAAGGGAGCCAUGAAAACGGCAACUCUGAGAGCACGGCGGCAGUCCAUGGGAAAGCAAGAAAUACCAGAUGAAAAGUUUCGCCGACACAGUGUGUCGGGAGUCCCUGAGGACGUGACCAAGAAGCCUCACGACACGCCGGAAGGAACCUCUGGAGGGAAGGCCCAGGGUCAUCACCGCAGGCAGAGUAUGACAGGUCUUCAUCCCUGAAAGCAAGAAAAGAGAGAAGAUGCAUCACAAUCAGUUUAUCGCGAGCAUUUGUCAAAAUACAGCUGAUUUCCCUCUUCAAUUA